GAGAUUCUCGCGGGAAGUCUUCUAAUCUCCGCCAAUCAGAGGUUUAACCUGCCCUAGGAGGGAGUAGGGCAAAUCACCGUACGUGGCAGGGGCGGGCGUUGUUACUCCGAUCCUUGGCCUGCCGCGGCAGCGAGGUGAGGGCGGUUGAGCGGCUGCCGCUGCAAUGAGCGCGCGCCCGUGAGUCUAACGGGUGGGCGCGCGCACGGCAGUGCGCGCGAGGGAGGGGGCUCCGGCCCCGAACCGUUCCAUCCGGGCCCCCGGGAGGAGGAUGGAGGCAGCCGAUCUGGAGUCCUCGCUGGAGCUGAGCUACUCCGGCGCGGGCCCUGGGGGGCUGCCCCCUGCGCGCUCCCGCAUCUUCAAGAUCAUUGUGAUCGGGGACUCGAACGUCGGCAAAACCUGCCUGACCUACCGCUUCUGCGCGGGCCGCUUCCCGGAGCGCACGGAGGCCACCAUCGGCGUGGACUUCCGCGAGCGCGCCGUCACCAUCGACAGGGAGCGCAUCAAGAUCCAGCUGUGGGAUACAGCAGGACAGGAGCGCUUCAGAAAGAGCAUGGUGCAGCACUACUAUAGGAAUGUACACGCUGUUGUGUUUGUGUAUGAUAUGACCAACAUUGCCAGUUUUCAUAGUCUGCCAUCAUGGAUAGAAGAAUGCAAACAGCACUUGCUUGCCAGUGAUAUACCACGGAUUCUUGUCGGAAAUAAAUGUGACCUGAGAAGUGCUAUUCAGGUGCCUACGGAUUUGGCCCAGAAGUUUGCUGAUACUCACAGUAUGCCACUGUUUGAAACCUCCGCUAAAAACCCCAAUGACAAUGAUCAUGUGGAAGCCAUAUUUAUGACACUGGCUCAUAAGUUGAAGAGCCACAAGCCAUUAAUGCUUAGUCAACCCCCAGAUAAUGAUAAGAUACAUUUAAAGCCUGAGCCAAAACCUGCCAUGACCUGCUGGUGUUAGAUCACAGUGUUCACGCAGUUAUCACCUUGUCUUGUUUGCAAAUACUCUAAAAAUAUGAUCUUGGCAGGUUUUUAGUAUCAAUUAUGUAUGAUCUCUUUGGCACUUUAAUGUGUGUCUUUCUUGUGUAGAUGUGCCACACUCGUAUCUCUGCACUUUGUGCUAGCUCAAUUACUGAAGCUUCACUGUACAUAUACAGAAAAAUAGACUUUCGAAUGAAGUUUUGAUGCAGCAAGUUCACUUAAGUUACUUGCUGCUUGAGAGCAUUUCCAUCACUGCUGGUAUGGUUAAUAAUCCAGUUUAUUUAUUUUUGUUGUUUGUUUUUGGUUAGCAUUUCAUUGAUUCUCCUGCAUUAUACCAUUGUUUUGGAGUAGCCAAAGAACUCACAUCGUUGGCUCGCAGAGGAUGAGUGUUGCAAAGUGUUGGUUUUGUGGGUGUCUGGGAUAAUGACACAGAAGAUGUACCCAUUUUCACUGCAUCUCAAUGCAGCUAUAGCUGUAGAUGUGUGCUGUGAAAGGAGGGCCGUCAAUAAAGAUCAACCUAGAAUGUGAAUGUGGGGGAACACCAUUGGUCUCAGUAGUGUGUCAUUCUACCUCAAAUCCUGGCUAUUCAUACACGGCAAAGGGGGGAGAAUCUACAGAUUGUCCUUGCCCUCAGAUAGUUAUUUAAAGCCUAAAACAUGAUAAAUUCUUUGUAAUUUGCACAUUUUUAUCCCACAUGCAUCCUUCUUAUGAAAGAUAGUUUGGUCAGAGCACAGGGAUGGGAUUUGAGGGAGGAUCCAGAUGUCUAAUCUUGAUUCAGGAUUUCCUGCACUCAUAUGCUGCAGAAUAGGGAGGAGAGUUAAAUCAAACUGCUCUCAUAGAAAGUGAAUUGGGUUUGGAGAAUGUUGUUAUGCGGUAACAUCACAUGAGUUCAUGUUGCUUCUCUGAUUUCAGGGAAAAAGCUCAGCUCCACGGAACACUUGAAUAGUUGUAGAGUUAGAACCAUCACUCUGUAGCAUGUUCCCCCCUCAAAGUACCAUAAUUUUAUGGUGUAUUGUACAUGUCUGAUGGCAAGCUAAUAUCGACAGCCAUAACUCUCAUGACAACUUCCAACCUAAUUCAAAUUUCUUCACUUGGAUCAUUUAAGAACAUAUGCUGUCUCUGAAUUGUGUAUCCCAAGGUAAAUAAAUGUACUCCUGUAGUCUAAAAUUUGAGCCAGGUUGAGAGGAACAAAUGCUGACUUGCGUUUUGUUUUUAAAAUAAUCUGAAAGAGUAAUUUUGAAGAGGAAACUUAUUAUGCAUUUUAGGGACUAAAGUAUUUUGGAAAAAGUGCUAGUUCCAAUGCCCAGUUGCCACAUACAGACCUGUGCCUUAGCUUUUGAAAAUGUCAAGGCCACUAUGUUUUAAUGGUAAUAAACUGGUCUCUGCCAGAAAAAUAUGAAGGCAGAUGUUCUGUAAUUGAACUUGGUGACAAACUUCCAAAUAGUGUUCAAUUCAUGCCCAUUUGCCCACUAUUAUAAUAGAAUGAUAUAUUCUCUUUAAAGAACAGAGAAACUGGAAAUCCUUUAAACCGUGUAAAUACAGAAUCAUAUAAAUUAAGUAUGGAGAAGACUUACCAUGUCAUUUUGUUCAUCUCCAAACAGAUUUUCCCUAAUAGAUCUUCAGGUUAAAUCCUGCUUGGGUAACCCCUUAGAGUUCUUUUGUAGAAGUAAGAUGAACUGGGUUGGAUUUUUAGAAUCCUCCGCUUCCUCUCACUUUUGCUUGGUAUUGCAACCAUUUCAUUUCAGUUGUUUUUUGUAUGCUUGUUUGAAGGUCAUGUUUCAUAUUCAAAAGCAUUCUGGAUUGCACAUAACUGUAUGGUUAUAUCAAAAGGGAAUGUAAGCCAAGGAACUUACUUCAGCAUAUAACAUUCAUAUGCAGUGAUCUAACAAUAGUGUGCUUGAUUAUUACAUGUUCAAAGAAAAAACUUAAAAAUGAGGAACUCUGCUUACGAUAUGUGUAUUGUAGGAUGCUGACUGGAAACUAAACACAAAGGUCAUUUUAGAGCUUUGUCUACUAUUAUCCUGAUGGUCAUAUUAUAGUAACUAAAUAACUGAAACAAGGUAAUUGUAUAAACCAAACUAUGAAAAGUAAUAAAGGAUGUAAUUAUUCUAUUACACACUGCAUCUGUGAAGGAGAAAAUCCACUGGCUUUAUUCUAGGUUUAAAAAGAUCUGUUUGGCCUAAUCAUAUUGGGAUUAAGGAGUUUUAGGAUUUGUUUUCAUUUUGAAACCAACUAACUAUUUUUGUAAUUUGGUGACAAUUUUAUUUAUGCAAUACUUGAAAAAGGGAACUCUGUUUUUAUCUGUUUCAGACCUUAAAGAGAAUUUGAUUUUUAUAGUUCUUCUAGAAAUAAUCAGCUUUUUAACAUGAGGGACCUUUUAAGAAGGGAUUGAUUUUAAAUGUAUUUGUAGUACUACAAAUAAAUAUGGUUUACAGUCCUCCUGGAGGGUUUAUUUUUUUUCACUCAUGUCCUUUAAUCGUCUUUCAAAGGACUGAUCUGAAGUGUUUGUAUAGUAUUAAAGUAUUUCAACAAACUUUCUAAUCUUAAUUUUUUUUAUUUUUUAAUAUUCCAAAAUCCGAGGACUGAAAGUAAGUCAGUAAAUCAGUAGACACAAUAGAAAUGUUCAACUCUCCGUAAUAAGUAGCUGGGAACCUAUCAUAAGUUUUAUUUAAGCAAAUUACUUACAAUUUGUAAAUAAGGGCCCUGAAUCAUGAAAUAAUGUUUAGCUAUGUAAUCUAGUCUUUUCAGCACCAAGCAUGUUUUGAUAUUCCUGCCCUAGAGACUGUGGUCUUGAAUUCAGGAUCCAGUAUGCUUCCUGACUUGCUGUAGUAAUGUUCUACUCACAGAAAGGAUGUCAAAGGUAUUGAAUAUUUUGUAUAUGUAUUUUCAUCCUACCAAAAUAAAAUGUUAUUUUAUCUGUUUUUUAUAAACAAACAAAAACACUGGCACAAUCCCAGCAACCUAAUAAACUGGCUUUGCCAUAA